UAAUUGAAACCAAUCUAAAGUUCCUUUUUUGUUAGUCCAGAAAUAGACCCGAUUAUUGCUGAUUUAAGUAUCGGAGUGUCUACCCCAAGAACCCACCUCGAGGCUUUGCAGGUUCAUCCGAAAUAAAGACGCAGACCGAAUAAAGAUCUCUGGUUUGGUGCAAUUACAGACCAGUUAGAACUUUACUGUGUAUCAUGUUGGAAAAUUUGGAGUUGGAGGGAUGACAUGGUAUGGCAAGGAAAGCACAUGGAUCCGCAGCGGAUUAUUGAGCAGAGCAUGCAAUUUUUAAGUGAGUAUAGACGGGUGAUGUUGUCCAAAGUUCAUGGAGUUAAUGUUGCACAGAGACAGAGUGCACGAUGGAAACCUCUGGAUGUUGGCUUUGUGAAAAUUAAUACAGAUGGGGCUAUCUCAGUAAAGCAACGCAAUUUUGGGAUGGGAGCCAUACUAAGGGAUUGCUCGGGUGAGGUUAUGGCAGCCAUGGCAUGUAAGGAUCAAGGGGCGGUGGAAGCUACAGUGGCUGAAGCUUGCAGUUUGCGUAGAGCUUUACAGUGGGCUCACGAUCUAUCUCUUACAAGAAUUAUUAUGGAAUCUGACUAUGCUUGUAUUGUGACAGCUCUGAACAUUGAUUCUUUUACUGCAAAUUCCAACUGGGGCUCUGUUUUGCUGGAUUGCAAAAUGCUCAUGAAAUCCUUUCUUGCCUGUCGGGUCCGACUUGUGCGCCGAACUGGCAAUUCGGUUGCCCAUGAGUUAGCGAAAAGAGCUCUCCAAGCCGAGGCUGACGAGUACUGGGUGGGUGCAAUACCAGCUGAUAUGGCGCAUGCUAUAUUUCAGAAGCCCUCGGGGGAUUCCAUUUGGCAGCGAUCAGAAGCUUCAUUAACGAUUGCCGGAAACCCCCAUACCCAUUCUGCUACUCUCCAACAACCGGGAGGGGACUGGGCAGCCGCAGACUCUUCCCUUCCUCUGGAUUCUACGCGAUCGGACCCUUUCUUCUCUCAGCUUUCCAUAUUCGUCUACAGAACUCCAAACAGCCGGACUCCCUUGCCGCCGCACAAUCCAUCCUCAUCCAUUCUCCGCCUCUUCUGCAGCUGUACACACCUCUGCCAAUCAGCGACCCCUGCUCCGUUGGGACUCUCCUUUGCAAUCCUAGCCGCUCGUCAAAGGGGUUCGCGAACCUCCUGCCACAGGAGAAAGGAGGAGGAAUGUAGGCGGCUACGGAGGAAAAAUCGAGAGGAAAAGAGAGGGAAUUUCAAGCCACAUCAACUGCCAGCUCGUGAGAUCUGAUUCUGGCAAUUCCGGACAUCAAACCAUAACCCGUGGCCUCGGUAGCGCUACCGUUUUAUAUGGAAAAACAACAGCCUCACGGCCCUUGAAUUCUUCCUUACUUCUCUCUUUCUUCUAACUGUUCCGACCACGAAACAGAACAACUCAAAGUCUCAAAGUCUAGUCCUCUGUCUUCAGAGACCGAAAGGCUGUUGCUUUGAAUCAAGGUCGACCCUAUUCACAGAACCCAAAUCAUAUAUAUGCGUAAUCACUGAAAGUUAUUAAUUAUCAUAGCAAUAAUCGACCAUGAAACGAGGAUACCCAGAUUCUCCAUCGAGCUCUGCAGGGCAACCUCAAUGCAGAUUUAAGCAUAACCCAGAAGGUGAUUCACGCUUUUUGGAGGAUGAGAGCACAAAAAUUUUUGCCCGGAAUGUGGCUGACCAUUAUAGUGCCAGAACAAAUCAAACUUUGGAAGAACGGGAAGCUAGUCCUAUAAUUCACUUAAAGAGACUUAACAACUGGAUCAAAAGUGUCCUAAUACAACUUUAUGCUAGGCGAGGUGAUGCUGUUCUUGAUCUUGCCUGUGGCAAGGGAGGUGACCUCAUCAAAUGGGAUAAGGCAAAAAUUGGAUAUUAUGUUGGCAUUGAUAUAGCUGAAGGCUCAAUAGAAGACUGCCGAACACGUUAUAAUGGUGACGCAGACCAUCAUCAACGUCGCAAGAAGUUCACUUUUCCUGCCCGUCUUAUGUGUGGUGAUUGUUUUGAGGUGUGCCUAGACCAAGUUCUAGCUGAUGAUGCACCUUUUGAUAUCUGCAGUUGUCAGUUUGCCAUGCAUUAUUCUUGGUCUACCGAGGCACAUGCACGACGGGCCUUGGCCAAUAUAUCAGCUUUACUUCGUCCUGGAGGGACCUUCAUUGGGACAAUGCCAGAUGCCAAUGUGAUAAUAAAAAAACUUCGACAAGCUGACAGAUUGGCCUUUGGGAACAGUGUGUACUGGAUACAUUUUGAUGAAGAGUUUUCUGACAAGAAAUUUAAGUCUUCCAGCCCAUUUGGAAUCAAGUACAAGUUUCACUUGGAGGAUGCUGUUGAUUGCCCUGAAUGGAUUGUCCCCUUCCACAUAUUUAAGUCUCUAGCAGAAGAGUAUGAUCUUGAGUUAGUUUUUGUGAAGAACUCUCAUGAAUUUGUUCACGAGUUCUUAAGAAGGCCAGAAUACAUAGAACUCAUGAGGAGGCUUGGUGCAUUGGGUGAUGGUAACCAAGAUCAGAGCACACUAUCACCGGAUGAAUGGGAAGCAGCUUAUUUGUACCUAGCAUUGGUCCUAAAAAAGCGUGGCCAACCUGAACAGGCACAAACCAAUAAUAAGAGAGACAAAGGACAGAUGCACAUAUCAAAGCAGGAUAUCAUGUACAUCAGCACAGGAACGUAACAGGACAGCCUAAUAUAUUCAUUUAUUUAUAUUUUUAGUUCAAACAGGACAAUAAGAGAUGUUACUACAUCGAAUAAUACCUAUACAUGGGUGAAGGUGGGCAUGCCCUUUCACAAGCUUUAUAAGAUUGUUAUUGCGAUUACAAUUCAGUCUUUUAGAUUUAUGAUACAUUAUUUUGGAGAAAGGGAAGCAAUGUGAUACUCAUUCGAGUUUUUGUGGACUAGAACACUAGUUGCAGAGGGAAGGGAUGACUAUUUGCAGAUUAAAUUAAUUAUGUUGAU